AUGGACAUUAAAAAUCAAUUUUAUCAAGUUGAACUGCAAUUAACGUCGGAUGAUGAUCAACAACUACGAUUACUUACUGACCGGGUACGAGAAGAAGCUGGUGUUUAUACUGGAUGGCAGAGAUUAGGUAACUUAUUGCUUACAAUCGGUCAAUUUAAUAAAGCUGAAGAGCUUUAUAAUGUGUUACUCGAACAGGCAUCUGGUGAGAGUGGAAAAGCGCUUUGUUAUAAUCAGUUGGGAUGUGCCAAAGAACACCAAGGUGAUUAUGAAAUGGCUAUUUGGUAUUACGAACAAGGACUUGAAAUUAAACAAAAAACUCUUUCUUCAAAUCAUCCUUCAUUGGCUACUUCAUACAACAACAUCGGUAAUGCUUACCUCCACUUGGGAGGGUACUCGAAAGCACUUUCAUAUCACGAAAAAGCACUUGAAAUCUAUCAAAAAACUCUUCCUUCAAAUCAUCCUUCAUUGGCUAUUUCAUACAACAACAUCGGUACUUUGUAUUACAAUAUGAAAGACUAUUCGAAAGCACUAUCAUAUUAUGAACGUGCUCUGGACAUAUGGCAACGUGCAUUACCUCCAAUUCAUCCUGAUAUAAAAACUGUGAAAGACAGUAUUGAAAAUGUAAAAAACAAAUUAUAA